AUGUCCUCCGCCGAACCUGAGGGAUCAGGACUGACCAAAAAGCCGGGGAGAAAGCAUGUGCUGAGGGCGUGUCUCGAGUGCCGCCGCCGCCACUUCAAAUGUGACGGUACCAUGCCUGUUUGCAACCAAUGCUCCAAGCGCAACCGAGAGUGUGUGUUCGUCGAAUCACACCGUGGUGGUAGCCGCAAGAAGGGUGUUCGCAAGGAUAAGGCCAAGCUGAAACUGCUGGGAGUGCCUGAUAUCGAAGAUAUGGAGAUUGUUGCCCAGACUAAAGAACAGAUUAAGCAAGAGAACGACCAGUUGCUCACUCAGAUCUACAAAUUGCCCUGCGCCAAGGACCGUCUGAAGUGUAAGCUGCUUGAUUGCCCAGGUAAGGAUGUCGUCAGCGGCCGCCGAGAGCUUGACGAGGCCACCGCUACCCAGAUGCGUAAGCGAAUUCGUCUCGAGCACUCAGUGAAACAAUUAGACUGCAUGUUGCUGGAGAAGACGGCUACUGAUGAAGAUAUCACUAAGGCCAAACAAAUGGAAUUCGAGCUCCAGUACCUGAACCCAGCCAAUCUCAUUGACAUUCGUACCAUUAACCAUGACGACAUUGUGCAAAACUACUACCGAUUCUUCCACAACCGUCACCCGGUACUUCCGCCACUGACUGAAAUUCAGCCAUACUUGGAUGUGGCCCCGGAAUUGCUUCUCAUUCUCAAGAUCGUCGGUGACGGCCAGCUGCUGAGUCUCUACGCUAAAGAUGUUGCUUUGAUUCAGGACCGGUUAUUACAAGUAUGCAAUGUGGUGAAGACGUCGGCAGCCAAGGAUAUCAUUUCGGUACAAGUGCUUUUGCUUCUGCUGGUGGUCGCCCACAUCUCUUCGCUCCAUCAGCUUGGUCGCAAGUUUCGCGAAGCCUGCAUUCACCUUCUUCUAGAGCUUCAGAUACAUAAUCUUGACAGCCUGAUAGAUCAGGCCAAACUCCCACUUUACAAACUGGCACGAGUCAAGCAUAUUACUCGAAGUCUGAUUGCCGACCUCGCUCGUCGGCUGCUUUGGGAAAUUUACUUUCUCGACGUCAUCAUUGGCUCCGCUGAUGGCCGUACUUUAUCCAACUUGGCAAAGAUCGAUAUUUCAACUGCAUACCCACUGUAUCCUCCUCGAGAAGUGUUUGACUAUAAGGGACGAGCUGAAGCCACGUUAUUGGUGGUGGAAGCAGUCAAGUUGAAUUUAGAAAUUAUGAACAAACUCCCCUUCGAAACUACUAUUGGUAGAUUGAAGGCUGAGCUUUCUAAUUGGGAGUUAAAGUUGCAGGACCCGCUGAUGUUCGGGUGUCCUCCCCUCAUUCUGAAGACGGGAGAGAUUAAUGAAGGCGUCCACCAGCUGACACUCAUGUUCAACUAUGCUAAGAUCUUUGUCCACCGCCCUUUCCUGUACUUGUGGAAGAUCAAUAGUCCGCAAAACCCUCAAUGUGGCGACGAAAUCAUGGAGGCUUCAGAUAUGCCCACUCAACUUAAGGCUGACGCCCGUGCUACUAUUGAGACCCGCAAAACUAUUGAGGCCGCCACCCUGGUGGUAGAGCUGUUAAUCGAUACCAACGCCGCCCAUGUUUUAGAGCGCACACCGCUUUUCGCUUGCGCUCUUGCCCUUGCCGCUCUUGUCCACAUUUCUGCGUACAUUUGGAUCGAAACCAUUUUGGAGUCCGACGACGAUGAACUUGUCCAGGAGAGUGGGUUGGGAGUUAACGAAUUGGACGUUUACGUCGAGUACAUCAAGUUGGCGCUCACUGCCAUCUACCCCAUCUCGCGCCACUGGAUACUAUCGGGCAAAGUGGCGAAACAUAUUCGUGACUCGCUCCAAGCGCUCCGUCCUGAGCUUUACGAUAAACUCAAGCAUCUGUUACCCCAAUUGGAAGUGGCACUUGACCUGAUGCAAGUACUGGAAUCGCAAGCGAACCCUCAAGAUAGCGAGUUCUCCAACCUGGCAGUGCUGUCACUGCAAGUGUCGCCGCUCAAUAGUCAUUUGAGCCCUCACUCCACCAUUACUCCAAACAGUCUUACUCCGUCAGGAUCGACUAAAGGAUACAAUAGUAUGGGUGACACUGACGUUGUUGAGCCGAUAAUGCCCAGCUCUACUAUCACUCCCAACCCGGAGAUCGCUACCGUUCAAGAACUGUUCUUAUUGGAUACCAACAACCUCGUAAACCAGAGCGACGACGCCUUGUUUGAAUUCAAUCAAUGGGACUGGGAGCCGGCGCCCGCGGCCAACUCUGGUUGCGACUGGAUCGACCGCGCAUUGCUCGACUACUUUGAAGGUGGCGAAAAGCCCACCAACAUCGUUUGA